AUGGCGGUGAAUAUCACCUCAAUUAAGACCUCAUCCAACGGGCUGUGGCAGGGUGACGAUCCUCUCCACUUCGCCUUCCCUCUCCUCAUCCUACAGACCAUCAUCAUCGUCCUCCUCAGCCGGUUUCUCUACUUCCUCAUCAAACCCCUGCGCCAGCCCAAGGUCAUCGCCGAGAUCAUCGUAAGUCUCUCUCUCUCUCUCUCUCUCUCUCUCUCUCUCUCUCUCACUCUGGCGUCCCACAUCGAUACCAGUCGCAUUUUUCCUUCUUGUGAAGGGUGGAAUUCUGCUGGGGCCGUCGGCUCUGGGGAGGAACAAAGACUACAUCCGGACCAUGUUCCCCUCAUGGAGCAUGCCCAUCUUGGAGACGACGGCGAGCAUCGGUCUCCUGUUCUUCCUAUUCCUCGUCGGGCUAGAGCUCGACCUUGCCUCCAUCCGCCGCAGCGGCAAGCGGGCGCUGUCGAUCGCCGCCGCGGGUAUCACGCUUCCCUUCGCCUGCGGAGUCGGCGUGGCUUUCGUACUCCGGCGAGCUAUCCCGGGGGCCGACAAGGCAGAUUACGCCCCCUUUCUCGUUUUCAUGGGAGUCGCCCUCUCCAUCACCGCCUUCCCCGUUCUCGCUCGCAUCCUUGCCGAGCUCAAGAUCCUCACCACCGCGCUGGGGGAGACCGCUAUGGCCGCCGCGGCGUUCAACGACGUGGCGGCGUGGAUCCUACUCGCGCUGGCAGUUGCACUGUCCGGCGGCGACAGCCACAAGUCGCCUCUCGUCUCCAUCUGGGUGCUGCUCUGCGGGGUCGCCUUCGUGGGAUUCAUGAUGGUGGCUGUGCGGCCUCUGAUGGGUUGGGUAGCACGGAGGGCAUCGGAGAGGGAGGCGGAGCUGUGGACCUGCCUGACGCUGGCGGGGGUGCUGGCUGCGGGCUUCGCCACCGACAUCAUCGGAAUCCACGCCAUUUUCGGGGCCUUCGUCUUCGGGUUAGCGAUACCCAAGGAGGAGGAGGAUUUCGCCGGGCGGCUGAUGGAGAGGAUAGAGGACUUCGUGUCGGGGCUGCUGCUGCCGCUCUACUUCGCCUCAAGUGGGCUUAAGACUGACGUGACAAAGAUCCAGGGAGGUAGGGCGUGGGGCCUGCUGGUUCUGGUCACUGCCAUCGCCUGUGUGGGGAAGAUGUUGGGGACGUUUGCUGCCGCGGUGGCUUGCAAGAUGCCAGUAAUGGAGGCGGCGGCGCUGGGGAUGCUGAUGAGCACCAAGGGGCUCGUGGAGCUCAUCGUCCUCAACAUCGGCAAGGAGAGGAAGGUAAGACCCUUUUUUCUUGCCUUAAUCCGACUGAGGUCGAAACCUAAGUUCUCAGGUUUUUUCGGUGCCAUUGGCGAGACACCGAUUGUCUACCUACUUCAGACAUUAGAUUCUUUUGGGUAAUCCACUGGAGUCGUUGAUUGCGAAUCGGCUUUCACACGGCCGUCGUCUCUCUCUCUCUUAGAGAGAGAGAGAGAGAGAGAGAGAUGCCGUCAGUGAGUCUCUUUGAUAUAACUUCUGUUAUUGUCGUUUACGAUCCUUUUUCUACGUUCAUAGGUCGAAAACUUGAGGAUGUUCCGAUUGCAUUGAUACCGAAUAAAUGACAGCUCAUCUCUUUGAUCGGUUUCAUUUGUAGUUAUCUCGAGCUUUUAACUGCAACAAAUUUCCUUUUCUUCAUCUUUCCCACGCCUUGGGACGCCAAAUCUCAUUAACUGACCUAGAAAGUGGGUCCCGCUAAGCUUGGUUGGACCGCUGAAGAGCAGAGAGGUGGAGAAUAGCCCAGUGACUACGGUCUCUCUCUAGAGCCGAGAUACCAAGUUCUUACUAAACCUGUCAUUCCGUAAUCCAUUCCCCCAAGAGUUCAUGAUACCUUGGAUUGACAUCUUGUGUAUUCCUGAAGAGGGAAGUAGAGGAUAGUCUCGCUCUAUUUCACACGUCUUCUGGAAGAAGUUCAUCUCUCUUUCUCUCUGACUUACUCACUCACUCCAUAUAUAUAUCUAGACAGGCCAACGAUAAAAUUCUUCCCUACACUGUCGUUGGGUAAUUGACGCUGUAUAGAAAAGUUCAUAUUAAUGUGUUUUAUUGAACAAGAAGCUGAAAAUAGUUCGGACAGAAGCUACUCUCUCUCUCUCUCUCUCUCUCUCUCUCUCUCUCUCAUAUUAAUAUGCCCCCGGGUAAUCUUUAAUCUUUGUGUGUUGAUGAACAGGUUCUCAACGACGAGACGUUCGCUAUACUAGUCCUCAUGGCGCUCUUCACCACCUUCAUCACGACACCGGCGGUAAUGGCCAUCUACAAGCCGGCCCGACCCGGCCACCGAGCGACGGCGAGGCGUAAGCUCCAACGGGAGUCAUCCGGUGACGUCACCACCAAGCUCCGCGUCCUUGCCUGCGUCCGAUCCCCUCGCGACGUCCCCUCCAUGAUCAACCUCAUCGAGACCAUCCGCGGCGGCGCCACAAAGUCCCCCCUCAAGCUCUACAUCAUGCACCUCGUCGAGCUCACAGAGCGUUCCUCCUCCAUCGUCAUGGCCCUCAGCGCCCGCCGCAACGGUCUCCCCUCCCGCAACCCCCUCAGGAAGGAGACCCGCGACAGGGUUCUAGUCGCCUUCGAGACCUACGGGCAGCUCGGGAAAGUCAACGUUCGGCCAAUGACUGCCAUCUCUGCCAUGGCCACCAUGCACGAGGACGUCUGCAACGUGGCGGAGGACAAGAACGUCACGCUGCUGGUGGUGCCCUUCCACAAGCACGGGAAGGCGGCCGCCGCCCACGGAGAGGCCAUGGAGAAUGUGGGCCACGAAUGGCGGGUGGUCAACCAGAGGGUCCUGAAGGGCGCACCGUGCUCUGUGGCGGUGCUGGUUGACCGCGGGCUCGGCGGCGGGGAACAGGUGGGGUCCUCUGAGGUCUCGCACGGGAUCUGCGUUGUUGUAUUCGGCGGUCCCGACGACCGGGAGGUGCUGGAGCUCGCUGGUACGAUGGCGCAGCAUCCGGGUAUCAAGGUCAACGCGGUAAGAUUCGUAGCGGCAGCGGCGGGGAUCAAAUCCCCGGUUGUGAGCAUCAGUCUCAGGCCUUCGCCGCACAAAUCUAUGGAGGAUAACUACAGCUUCUCCACCGCAGCCGUCGACCGAGAGAAAGAAAAGGCAAGUUAUCAUUAUUGCACACCGUCUCCUUCAAAAUCCAGCGCAUAUACUCGCUCUCUCAGGUUCUCGUGGACAUUAUUUUUUCUUUUCUCUCAGGAGCUGGACGAGGCGGCGGUGGCGGAGUUCCGGAGGAGGACGGAGGGAACCGGGGCGUUGUACGAGGAAAAGCUGGCGUUCAACGUGCUGGAAGAAGUGGUCGCCAUGGGACGGAGCGGGGAGUACGAGCUGCUGGUGGUGGGGAAGGGCCGGUUCCCUUCCUCCAUCGUAGCGGCGCUUGCUGAAAGGUCGCCGGAGCACGCCGAACUGGGGCCCAUCGGAGACGCCCUCGCCUCCUCGGGCAGCGGCGUCGUCUCCUCCGUGCUGGUGAUCCAACAGCACGACGUCGUCCACUCCGACGAGACCCCAGUCUCCAUGGUGCUUGAUGGGAUCUCCCUCGGCAGUCCUGCGUAG